AUUUUGUUGCAGAAUCGGCAGGGGAAGACGCGGUUGGCCAAAUAUUAUGUUCCCUUGGAGGAUUCCGAGAAGCAUAAGGUCGAAUACGAGGUCCAUCGGCUGGUGGUCAACAGAGAUCCCAAAUUCACCAACUUUGUCGAGUUUCGUACACACAAAGUCAUUUACAGGAGAUACGCCGGACUGUUUUUCUCAAUGUGCGUGGAUAUCACUGACAAUGAGUUGGCAUACUUGGAAUGCAUCCAUCUAUUUGUCGAGAUACUAGAUCAUUUUUUCAGCAACGUGUGCGAGCUUGAUUUGGUUUUUAAUUUUCACAAGGUAUAUCUGAUACUAGAUGAGUUCAUUCUUGCCGGGGAGUUGCAAGAAACAAGCAAGAGGGCAAUUACUGAGAGAAUGGCGGAAUUAGAAAAACUAGAGUGAGAAACUGCGGAGAUUGCAUUAUCUUGUACUGAACAUCUCAUUCUUAAUUUGUUUAUCUCUGCUUCAGGAGUUUGGACUCACCAUAUUUGUAUCAGAAAAUGAAAUAAAUUGGAAAUAGAAAUAGUUUGGUGUGUUCAUUUUGUUAUCAAAUUUACUCAUCUCGAGUUUGUAGCUUCAGAGGAUCGUGGUUUUCUUGUAAAAGGGCUUUCCUUUUUGCUUUCUGGAA